UCUCCUGUUCGCGUGGUUUAUAUGACAAAUAAUCGUUUUUCUCUUUAUUAAAUUCAAUUUAUUCAAUAAGAAAAUAAAAUUUUUUAUGUUUCCUAUUUGUAAAAACUUUUUUUUUAAAAAAAAAUUCUAAUUUAUAUUUUUCUCGAAAAUUUUUUAUUCCAUUUUUUUUUAAAUAAAUUUUUUAAUAUUAAUACAAAAACAAUAUUUUUUUUUUAUAAAAUUGUUAAAUUUUUUGCCUUUUGGGGAUUUUUAAUAUUCGGCAAAAUAAAUUUUUAAAAUAUUAUGAUUUUCUCGCCUUUAUUUUUAGCAUGUGUUUCUCAAUGGAUAAAAGAUAUUGGUAUAUCGUAGUCAUGGGAAAUCUAUUCUGCACUUUCAAGUAUAAAGGAAAACGAUUUUCUUUAUUAUUUUAAAAGAAAGAGAGAGAGAGAAAAAAAAGAAGGAAUUAGUUUAAUUGACAUCGCACACAAAUUCGCAUCGAAUUGACUAAAAACUUUUCUAUAGUGUAAUCGAUUUAAGUCUUGGUGUUCAUCGGGGAAUUUGUGACGUCUUAUUUGAUCUCCUGCGACGUUCCUGGGUGUAAAUUAAUUUCAAGAAAUCUACAAGUUCGUUUCAUAAAAUGGAGACGCAGACAGAGAUGCCUGCAAAUAAUACAGCAGCUUCCACAUUUCACGAAGAUGAUCUGCAACGAAUUAUUUCUGAACGAAGACAAGCCUGCUUAGAAUUUAUAGAUAAAGAAGAAAUCACAAUACCAGAGCCUUAUUGUCCUGCAACUUUUGAUGGCUGGUCCUGUUGGUCCACAACUCCUGCAGGAAAAGUUGCAUUUACCCAAUGUCCUGUUUUUAUCACUGGAUUCGAUCCUACGUUAACGGCAUUUAAAUAUUGCGAAUCAGAUGGUACAUGGUUUCGACAUCCAGAUUCACUAAAAGUCUGGAGCAACUACACAACUUGCAUCAAUAUUGCUGAUCUUGGUUGGCAACAAGAUCUAAAUAUUGUCUACGAAGUCGGAUAUUCAAUAUCAUUGAUCGCUUUAUUAGUGUCUCUUGGUAUCUUGAUAUAUUUUCGAUCUCUAAGAUGUACCAGAAUAAUCCUUCACAUGAAUCUAUUUGCAUCUUUUGCCGUCAAUAAUGCCUUGUGGUUAAUCUGGUACGGAUUCGUUGUUGCAAAUCCCGAUGUUCUUUUAAAUAAUGGAAUGAUUUGUCGACUUCUUCAUAUAAUUCUCCAUUAUUUUUUAGUCUCAAAUUAUUCUUGGAUGCUGUGCGAAGGAUUUUAUUUGCACACAAUACUUGUUAGUGCUUUUACAAAUGAGCAAAAAUUAGUAAAAUGGCUCGUGGGUUUUGGUUGGUUUUUUCCAGGAAUCAUCAUGAUUGUCUAUUCUAUUUUGCGAAUGAUUAGUGAUGAUCCAACUGACACAACUCAAUGUUGGAUGAAUGAAGGAAGUUACAUGAAAGUAUUAAUCUAUCCAGUAUGUGUUUCGACUUUGCUCAAUUUAAUAUUUCUUUGUAACAUUGUUCGAGUUCUCGUAACUAAACUCAGGAAUGGUCCAGCCAUUGGAACACGGCCAACUCGUGCAAUGAUUCAGGCAUUUAGAGCAACUUUGCUGUUAGUUCCACUUUUAGGGCUUCAUUACCUUUUGAUAGGAUUUCGCCCACCAAAAGAACAUCCUUGGGAACAACCUUUUGAAAUUAUUUCUGCAAUUACAGCUUCCUUUCAGGGUCUGUGUGUAGCAAUUCUUUUUUGCUUUUGCAAUGGCGAGGUGAUUACCCAUUUUAAGAGAAGAUGGGAAGCUUCGGUGUUUGUAAGAAAACGAGCAACUUCCUGCACGACCACAACAAACGUUUCGUACCUAAGUCGAAAAUCGAAAGUUGGAUGUUUAUGCAUGGACCGCCAAUGGUGCAAUGCGGACUAGUGUCUCUCUCCUACAACUGCAUCAUCAAAAAAAAAAAAAAAAAAAAAAAACUUUUUGCCGUCUGUUCAAAUGGAAAUCCGUGUCCCGUUCUUAAUGUAAUUGAACUAACUGUCCAUGUGAAACUAAUUAACAAUUUUCUGUCCGUAUCGUGCCAAUGGCUGGUUGAGUCAAGUCCAUUGUGGGGGAUGUUGACUGUUUCAGUAUAUCCGAUCAAACGCAGGUCCGGUGUCGGGAGAGGAAAAAGUAUGACUAUGAAUCAGCACCGACCUGUGAUCCAAGGGACACCGAACCAACAUCCGUCAUCAACGAGAGAUGAAGAUUGAAUACUUCGUUUCUUCUUUUUUUUUUU